AUGGCUAGCGAUUCAGACGACUCUCUCCUCAUCUGCACAGCUUGCGGAACUCAAUUCGACACCGACGACCGUACUUCCCUCGCCAGGUGCCGUAUCUGCGAUGACCCCCGUCAGUUCGUCCCUCCCAGUGGACAAACCUUUACCACCCUAGGUGAACUCAAAUACUCAGGCAAUUACUAUAACAAAACUGCGAGAGAUCCUGAGAAUAAUCUGAUCAUCUCAAUUUGGACCGAACCAAAGUUUGCGAUUGGGCAACGGGCGUUCCUAAUCCAAACCGAAAGGGGCAAUAUUCUCUGGGACCUAAUCGCCUACCUUGACCAAGACACUAUUGAUAUGAUAGAUAUCCUUGGCGGCCUGAAAGCGAUUAUAAUAUCCCACCCCCAUUAUUAUACUACAUACGCAGUGUGGGCUCGUACCUUUAAUUGCCCAGUUUAUAUAGCCACUGCAGAUUAUUCUUGGCUCUGCCGGCACGACGAUACAAUAUCACUCCGAGAGAUACAUAGCCCCACUUUCCAGCCACUGCAAGGUUAUAGUGGUCUCGUAGCCAUCAGAGUUGGUGGCCAUUUUCCAGGGAGUAUGGUGCUACAUUAUAAGCCCGGGGCUGUGCUGUUUAUUGCGGAUUCGAUUGUGACUGUGCCUUCUGCUCUUUAUCACGUGGAUCGACUUCCAGGGACUGCAACCUACAGCUUCAUGUGGUCUAUUCCGAACAUGAUCCCAUUACCGCCUAGCAAGAUCAUGAAAAUUAUAAAGCGCUUGGAAGGAUAUCAAUAUAAAUCAACAUUUGGUGCCUUUAACGGAUUAGAUGUGAGGACGUCUGCCGAAAGUGGCAGUGUGAUGAAACGGAUGGUUGAGAGUGCUAAAAUCGCGGUUGGAGCCAUGUUGGAGUGGGACAAAGACGAAUUGGAUACGAAAUGGGAGGAACUUUGGAGUUUGGAGAAUACGGAACGCAUUUGA